AUGUCAAUGCCGUUAAACCAGCAAACACCACCAGUGUCUAUAACCCCGCAAUCUUUCAACACUCACACAACGCACACUUCAAUCGGUCCGGUUGUUGCAGUCCUUGUUGUGAUCAUGGUCUUUGGUGUACUUGCUGUUAUGUUUGGAAAGCUCUGCUCGGGAAGGAGAAUCAUGGGUUAUGGCCAGUACGAUAUGGAGAGUUGGGCUGAGAGAAAAUGCUCUUCUUGCAUUGAUGGAAGGCUUAGCCCUCCGCUACAAAGGUCAAGUGUGCCUGCCACCUCUAGUUCAGCUUCAACGCCUGCCCAAACCCAAGAAACCAAGCAAGAAGAGCAAUCUCCUCAAUAUCCACCUGAGAAUCUUGAUUCUUAA